CAGCAGUGUUCUUAUCUAUGGUGGACCACUGAUCUAGUAGAGAAACAUACCGCCAUAGGAAGACGAGAAGAAAGAAGCGGUGAUGGAUGUUGACGAUGAAGUGGUGAUAAUUGGAGCAGGAAUUUGUGGGUUAGCCACGGCCCUCGCACUACACAAAAAAGGUAUCAAAAGCGUAGUAAUGGAGAGAUCCGAAUCUCUGAGGAACACCACCGGAUCUGCAAUUGGAAUCCGACAAAAUGGUUGGCGAGCUCUGGAUCAGCUUGGUGUCGCCGAAACCCUCCGCCACACCGCUAUUGCGAUUCAAAGGGAACGAAUCGUAUCGCUUGCCGACGGGAAGGUUGAAGAAAUUCCUAUGAAAGGCGAAACUCGUUGUUUGAGAAGAAAGGAUCUUAUAGACACUCUUUAUGAUGCACUUCCUCCGGCCACCGUCAAGUUCGGAUGCCAACUUGAAUCGAUAAAAUUGGACCAAAUUACUACCAAACCAGUUCUUCGGUUCAUUGAUGGAAGCUCCAUUAUUGCUAAGGUUGUAAUUGGUUGCGAUGGAGGGAAGUCGAUCGUUGCCGACUUCCUUAACCUGAAACCAACGAAGAUGUUCUCGAUUUGUGGGGUUAGAGGUUUAUCAAAUUACCGGGAUGGUCAUUCGUUCGCCCAUGAGUUUCUGCGUAUCCGGAAAGACAACAAGCUUGUUGGAAGACUUCCUAUCGACGAGCACUUGGUGUACUGGUUCUGUGCACACCCCUACGUUCCUGGAGAUGAAAGAAAUUGGGAAGAUCCUGAGGAAAUAAGGCGAUCAACCCUAGAUUUGCUAAGCGAUUACCCCAAAGAAAUUCAAGAAAUGAUCGAAAUCACAGACGUGAAGACAUUAUCUUUUUCGCACUUAAGAUAUCGUGCGCCAUGGGACUUGUUAAUGGGGACAUUCUGUAAAGGAACCGUAACGAUUGCCGGGGACGCUAUGCACGUCAUGGGUCCGUUUCUUGGGCAAGGUGGUUCAGCCGGUUUAGAGGAUGCGAUCGUGCUGGCUAGAAACUUGGCUCAAAUGGGUUCAAUCCAUGUAGAAAGCAGGAGAAAAGUUACGGUCCAGGGAGUUGAAGAAGCGUUUAAUUUAUAUGUAAAACAACGAAAAAUGAGGGUGAUUCGACUCUCGUUGCAGACUUACCUCACUGGCAUGCUAUUGGGAGCUUCUUCGCAUCUAAAGAAGCUUUUAUGUAUCGUGUUAUUGUUUCUUCUCUUUCGCAACCCAAGCGGUCAUAUUGAUUACGAUUGUGGUUGUCUGUGAUGGUUUCGGAGAUCGUUAGACUCAUACGUUAUUAGGGCUUUGGACUGAACAUGUAUACGUUUAGAAUUAGUGCCCAGAUACGAAUGAUAAGUAGGGGUGGUUUGUUUGUUUUCUAUUAAGUCGUCUUAUAGAUUAAGUCGUUUUAUGUAUUAAAUUGUAUGUAUUAA